CUGGUCGAUGUAGCAAUAGAAAUAGCAAUAGAAAAAGGAAGAUGUUGUGCUUUGAAGACCUGACACCCAUCAGUAUCAUCACUACCGUGUGCUGCGCUCCAAAAGCGCGUGGGCUACCGGAGUAGCAGCCCUCGUUUAUCAUGGACCUGCUGAAAGGCAAACGUCUGGUGAAGCGCGACGGCACCAUAGUGGCAGCGGAAACAGCCCUGAAGGGCAAGAAACUCAUCUGCUUCUACAUGGCCGCCCACUGGUGCCCGCCCUGCCGCAUGUUCACGAACACCCUCGCCGACGCUUACGUUGAAGCCAAGGACGAAGCUCUGCCUAUCGAGGUCAUAUUCAUUUCGUCUGACAGAACAGCGGCAGACAUGGCGAAUUACAUGCGAGAGAGUCACGGUGACUGGCUGGGACUGCCAUACGGAGACCCGUUGCAGCCAGUCAUCAAACAACGCUACAAAGUAUCCGGGAUCCCCACCCUGAUUGUGCUCAAGGAUAACGGUACCAUGCUGUGUCGCAAUGGACGCCCUGACGUACAAAGCAAAGGGGCUGCAGCAUUCAGGGACUGGUGCCGGCAGUGAAGUCACACGGAUGACACCUCUCAGCCGAAGCUGUUAAAGUUCCUAGAGCUAAUAAAAUUGAAAAGUGCCUAUAAAUAAAGAGUUUAUGACCGA